AACGAACCCAAUAAUCCAACCAUAACCACCAUUUCAGCUACUCCUUUCUUAAAAGCUUUUUAUAUUUGUCAAAAAAAUGAAAAAUGGGUACAGAAACCCAUAAUGAAGGCGAAUUGGAUUAGAUCGAAAACUAUCGAAGAAAAAUGUAAGAAAGAGACAAAGGAGGUUACAAUAGUGGGUGGCUGGGUGCAGAGGUGACAUGGGAUACAAAUGUCAUAGCGUGCACAUGGAGAAGAACUAUGGCAGAUUGGGCUCAUGCUUGACACCUGUUCCCUGUUUCGAGCCCUAUUCGGUCAUCACAAAGCCACUUACUUGUGAGUUUUUGGGUCUUUGAAAAGUGUGAUGCGAACCCACCGUUUCUUCCUUUUCAGCUGCACACAAAUUGUCUUUACAUCUAAGCGUUACAAUUGAAGACCCUCGGAAUUUGGGAAUCGUAGGAACCCUAUUCUUUCUGCAGUUUGAAUGCAAAUGCGAGUGAGCCAGCGUUUCAUUUAUUAUGGUCGAAUAGAUAUUGGAAGAAUAUGGGUGACACUGUAAUGGCAGGGUCAGCAAAAAUAUUAUUCAGCAAUGACUUUGAGGAUCUGCACGAUGAUGGUUUUGUGGGGUCAGCAGAUGAGUAUAGGAUUUUUGCAAAGGUGUUCUAUGGGAAUGACAGUGCCAGUGGUAACAGGUGUGUCGUUAACAGUGGUGAAGGAUGUGUUGUUACUGGUUGUGACUAUAAUAAGCAAACAGACAUAUCCCUCUGCUCCAAUAGUGGAAACUCAUCAUUAACCAGUCAAGAUGAUUGCUUUGAUGCGAAAGAGGAUUUGAGGGGGAAAACUCCACUAGAAUGUCUCUCAGAAGAUUUGACAUCGUCAAACAAAAAUAAUCAUGAAGCAAAGUUAGCUGUUGAAAAUCAUCCAAAUGGGAGACCUGAUCUAGGGGAUAUCUUGAAUAUAUCUGUCUGCGAGGGAGUUGUUAUGGGUAUGUCCCAACAAGAUUCUUAUACUGCUUGUCACACUAUAACACAUUGUUUACUCGAAUCAUCUGGUGAGGGGGUUAUAUUUCGUCACUAUCAACCGAAGGGACAUGUUCAUCUGGGCCAAGGUUAUGAAAUUAGUGGAACGGGUGGCUUUAAGAGUAGAUUAUCUUCUGAUGGACAUGAUCAGAAGGACGUUGUAAGUAUAGCAAUUACUUCUCCUGCUUCUCAAGAGAGCUAUGCAAGUAAGCUUCUAGUUAUGGAUCCGGCUAUUUCCGUUAAAAACAAAUUGGGAAGUCAUCGACCUGCCAAGCCUAGAUGGAAGGACUCCUGCUUCUUGAAACUGGAUGAUGAUGAAUUAUCAAUGCCGAGGGACAUAAAAAAUGAUCCUCGUCCUCUUCUUCGCUAUCACAUUAAUCGCUUACUUAGAGCAGCAGGAUGGGUGAUUGGGAGGCGCAAGAGGAAAAGUAAAUACAACGGGAUUGGAGAAUAUGUUUACAAGUCACCAGGAGGAAGACCGUUUCGUGAAUUUCAUAGAGCUUGGUCCAUGUGUGGUGAGAGUUUGUUGACUGAUGCCAUUGAUUUUGUGCAGAGAAAUGAUUCUAACCAGUGGAAUGAUAUGACUGAGUUAUGGACGGAUCUAUCUACCACAUUUAAAGAGAUUGAAGAGAAACACAAUAGUUUAGAAACUACUUCUGCUUUGGCUCAUUUAUGGUGUCUUCUGGAUCCCUUUGCCAAGGUAGUGUUCAUUGAUAAAACUAUUCGCUCAUUGAAAAAAGGAAUUGCUGUUGAAGCAAAGAGAAGUUUCCCAUGUGCAAGGGAUGGUAGGCCUGCUGCCAAAUACCGAAAAAUCUUGAGAAACGACCAGUCCGAAAUUCUGUUUGAAGUUCCCAUUAUUUCAGAAAACACACGUGCCUUGGUUGGAGGACGCGACACUCAUCAAGAUAGCAAUACAGGUUCCCAAAGCAUAAGCAAAGAUAGACCUGAGGAAGAAGGCUGUUCUGGAUAUGAUAGGAGGGUUCACAAAAAAUCCAGAAAGAUAUCUGAAAUGAAAGUCACUAGUCUGUAUCAGCGUCAUUUGAAUGCUCAAGAGUAUUCGGUAGAGGAAACAACUAGUUGCAGAAUUGGAUCAAAGAAAUCAAAGACUUCACAUCUUAAUGAUGAUGAUCUCUUGAUUUCAGCUAUUAAAAAAAACAAAACCAUUAGAUCUUCCAAGAAACUGGCUACCUACAAAUCCAAGCCUCUGAGAAGGCCCAAGAGACGAAAAGGCAGUUGCAGAUUGCUUAUAAGGAGCCUCAACAAGGGUUCAAAGCAUUUGAUGGAGGGAAAGUGGUCUGCUUCUGAAUUGAGAACCGUGUUAUCCUGGUUAGUUCAGUCUGGUGUUGUUUCACUAAAUGAAGUGAUCCAGUUACAGAAUCUGAAAACUGAUGUGGUGUUGAAAGAUGGUUUAAUUACUAGGGGAGGUGUAUUAUGCAAGUGUUGUAAUAAGGUGCUUUCCAUCUCUGCUUUUAAGACUCAUGCUGAUCUUGGGUUGAAGCAUCACUGUAUCAAUCUUUUCAUGGAAUCUGGUAAGCCAUUAACCUCAUGCCAGCUUGAGGCCUGGUCAGCUGAAUACAAGGCCAGAAAAGUAGCUCCUCAAUCUGGCCAAGGUGAUGAGACAGAUCAAAAUGAUGAUAGUUGUGGGCGCUGUGGUGAUGUUGGUGAACUGAUAUGCUGUGAUAACUGUCCAUCUGCGUUUCAUCAGUCAUGCUUGUUUGAACAGGAGCUGCCUGAAGGAAGCUGGUAUUGCCCACAAUGUCGUUGCUUGAUUUGUGGGGCAGUAGUCCAUGAUAAAGACGCUUCACAAUCUCAUAGCUCCUUCAAAUGCUCACAGUGCGAGUUCAAAUAUCAUGAGACGUGCAUGCAAGGGAAGGGCAUGAAAAUCGAAAUGGCCUCAGAUAACUGGUUCUGUGGAGAAUACUGUCAGGAGGUAUACUCAGGUCUUCGAUCUCGCAUUGGGUUGAUAAAUCAUCUUUCUGAUGACUACUCUUGGACACUUCUUCAAUGUAUUAAUGGCGAGCAGAAAGUUCAUUCUGAUGAGUGCUUUGUUGCUUUGAAGGCAGAAUGCAACUCAAAGCUUGCUGUUGCAAUCACGAUUUUGGAGGAUUGCUUUCUUCCGAUGGUGGACCCAAAAACAGGCAUAAACAUGAUACCUCAAGUCAUGUACAACUGGGGAUCAGAAUUAGCACGUCUGAACUAUAGUGGGUUUUAUACUGUGGUUUUGGAGAAAGAUGACAUCAUGUUGUCUGUAGCAUCCAUCAGAAUCCACGGGGUUACUGUAGCAGAGCUGCCUUUAGUUGCUACUUGCAACAAUUAUCGUAGACGAGGAUUGUGUCGGCUCCUUAUUAAUUCUAUAGAAGAGAUGUUGAAGUCUUUGAGGGUCGAGAAGCUCGUUGUAUCUGCCAUUCCCAGUGUAGUGGAGACAUGGACAAAGGGUUUUGGCUUCAAACCCCUGGAAGACGAUGAGAGACAAAGUUUGAGCAAAAUUAACCUCAUGGUGUUUCCUGGAUCCGUAUGGCUGCAGAAGCCUUUGCAUCAGAGUACCAUGAAUCAAGAAAAUGGCCCAAUUGAUGCUUCAACUUCUGGAGCAAAUGAUCCUGGAGAAAUGGGAACUCUUGAGGAAGGAUUUUCAACCACGCAGUCUGUUCGAGAAGCCAAUACUGAAACAGGAACCAUACUUCAUGACUUAGAGAAUUCUCAAUCACAUGAAAAACAAGAACCCGACAUUUCAUCUGAUGAACAAGAGCAUGGACGAUUUUCCAAUCAUGAUUUGUCUGUUCAAGAAGCUCGUAUAGAGACAGGAUCAGGACAUGCUCACUCUGAGAAUACGCAAUCGCAUGAAAAACAAGACCCUGAUAUUUCAUCCGAUGAACAAGAGCUUAGACGAUUAUUCAAUCAUGAAUUUUCUGUUCAAGAAGCCCAUACUGAGACAGGAUCCGGAUUUGCUCUCUCUGAGAAUAUGCAAUCACAUGAAAAACAAGACCCUGACAUUUCAUUUGAUGAACAUGUGCUUAGACGAUUAUCUAAUCAUGAAUUUUCUGUUCAAGAAGCCCAUACUGAGACAGGAUCCGGACGUGCUCUCUCUGGUAAUAGGCAAUCAUAUGAAAAACAAGACCCCGUCAUUUCGUUUCAUGAAAAAGAGCUUAGACAAUUAUCCAAUCAUAACUUGUCUGUUCAAGAAGCCCAUACUGAGACUGGAUCAGGACAUGCUCGCUCUGAGAAUUUGCAGUCAGAUGUAAAACACGACCCCAGUGUUUUCUUUGAUGAACAAGAGGAGAGAAAACUAUGGAAUCACAGUCCUUUCAUUCAAGAAGCCAAGUCUGAGACAGAAAACAGAAAUGGAGGUAGCCAAGUUGAAGUAGUUGCCUGUACAGAGGCCAAUGAGAUGUAUGCAGAGACAGUUUUUGGACAUGCCCACUUUGAGAAUAUGCGAUCACACGAAAAUCGAGACUCCGAAAUUUCAUCCAAUGAACAAGAAGGCAGACGACUAUGCGAUCAUGAUCUGCCUGUUCAAGAAACCAGGACCGAGACAGAAACCAGAAAUGGUGACUAUUUCAAUCAAGUGAAUAACAAGAAUCAUCCCACCUUUUCCACUAACGAAGUGCCAACUUGAAAUAGUUGCUUGUACAGAGGCCAAGGAGAUGUACACCUGGACAGAGAGGCAAUUAUUUGUAAAUGUGGGAAGCAGUGUAUUAGAUAGACCAGAAUGUUCCACUCGGAUUAAUAAUUAUAUUUCUUGAAUGGCAGUUCAAAAUUAAUUUUUUAUC